UCUGGGCGCGGUGUGUGUGUGUGUGUAUGUGUGUGCGUAUGCGUGCGUGCAGGUCCGACCCCCUGCGCCAACAGCGGGUGCAAGCGCAGGGUUUGAGCCGCGAGACGGUGACAGAGCGACGGUUACAAAGAGAGACUUCGACCCGGUGGAGGAUUCAGCGAUGGACGGCGGCGGCAGCCCGGCCCGGAGAGAGGCAGCCCGGCCGCGGCAGAGCUCCGUCGCGGAUGUCGGGGGCCAGCAAAAUGGCGAGCUAACGUCAACCGAGCUCCAUGCUGCCAGGGAAGCACAGGCUCCGGGUCCGGACAGACCGAGGGCUGCCGGCCGGGUGACCGAGAGGAGAAGCUCGGCUUCAGUCCACCAGAGACACAUGCCUAUGGAGCCGCUCAGGUUCCACAUCCCGAGGAAAACCAAGGAGAAACUAGCUCUGUUCCAGUACGUGUCCACUGAGUCCAGAGAAUAUGAAGACAUGAUGACGAUUCUGACCUCCAGCUACAGAGAUACCAGCUCUGCGGGCACCUUCACCUACAGCAAACCACGCCUGGUGCACAGCGAACUGCUGGAGAAAGAGUUUGUGGAGAAGAGAAAGGAGAUGAAGGCAGAUGGGAGGACAGACAAGGAACUUGAGGAGAGCCACUGUUUCCUGCUCGUUGAUGCUGGAAAGACGGCCUUGAUCUGUGAGAAGGGGCUGCUUGUGGGUCACAACUGGAUCACAGCGCUUGGAAACCCCACUAAAGGAGUGUAUCUGUCUAAAUACUCAGACCUGCUCCAGGUUAACGCCUUCACACCUGGAGCUACAGGGGAAAUCAUCAUCUUCAAAGUCAUGAAGGGAAAAGUGAAGAGCAUCUAUGACAACACAUCUAAGAACCUUCUGGAUCCAACGCCGCGGUUUGACAGCCACCUCUCCAAGAACGUCAGCAAGGUCACCUCACUCACCUCCUACCGCGCCUUCGAGCUCACACAGCAAUACUUCUAUGAAUAUUCAUUUGAUGAGUUGCGGCAGCGGCCUCGGCAAGUUUGUCCCUACGCUGUCAUCUCCUUCCAGUUUAAAGGGAAAGACGCCCCGCUUCCCACCAAACCCAUGGCCCCACUCAGGUUGAACAGCCAGUUAUCAGAAGGAGGUAAAGAACGUGCUCAGUUCACGGUGUGGACUGGAGAUUUGGUUAAAGACGACAAGUUUCUCCUCCAGAUCUCUCUUCGCUCCUUUUCUCCUCCCUUCCUCCCCUGCAGACUACCAGAGAAGCUUGAGGUUCGUUGGCUGAUGAGGCUUGACCAUGUGACCUCACUCCUCUGCCCAACCAUGUUCUCCUGGAACCUGUAUGCCGGCAGCCAUGAGGUUGUGAAGAAUGGGCAGUGCUGCAGUCUUCUGGAGGUGAUUGAGAGGACUCGCUCGGAGACCGGUAUGACCAAACUGCUGCAGGAACUGGAGACCAAGAGACUGGUUCUGGUGACUCCACUGUGUGACAGAGGCUUCCUGUUCCUGCUGUCCAGUGUUCAGAUGGCCACGCCCCCUGAGAGAGGAGAAGGAUGGAAAAGAUGUCUUCAGGCCUUGUUCAUCUUCCCAGAGACCAGAGAUGUGGCCAAAUCCAUUGUUUAUCCCACAGCGUUGAGAAGCACCUCCUCCUCCCAUGAUGCCGCGAAACAGUCAUUGUCUGGUAGCGUUGUGGUGCCGCGGCUGAGCCAGUUCCUCCCGGCGCUGCACCAUGCGCUGGUCAAGGCCCGCGCUAACCCCCCCACUGACCUGUCAGCCGGCGUGGAGCAGCAAGCUCGGGAAUACCUGAGUGGGCUGAAGGACGGCAAGGUUCGUCACUACCCGAUGGGCGAGUAUGACUCCAAACUGGACGAGCGGGGCAAGCUGUUUCCUGCUCCCAAGCACCACCGGGUGAACAUGGACAGCUACCUGAGCUCCUACCUGUAUAGCCCCCACCUCUACCUGCUGUCGGUGGCCCGGGUCAGGCAGAUGGUGGAGGCGCACUGUGACCCCGAGGAGCUGCAGGAGAACGAGGGGAGGCCCCAGAAGAGCCGUAUGGAGCAGAGGGAGGAGAGGAGCGGCAUCGCAGAGGCCAACAUGCACAAGAGGAAUGCAGAGAAGGAGGCGAGGAAGGAGGGGCAGGACCCGAGAGGACAGAAGAGGAAGCUGGAGCAGGAGAUGGCCGAGACGAAGCUGAAGUACCUGAGGAGGGUGUUUCAUGUGGCAGAAGAUGGCAACAGGCUUCCAGGCCUCAACCAGGCUGCCUUGGGAACAGCUAAUCAGAGCCUUCCUGAGGAGCAGGAGGAGGGGCAGAGUGAAUCCUGGCCGUUUGAUAGGCUAGCCACCAAGCUGGGCCUGCCCACCAACUGUGACAUCGACCUGAGGAAGCAGGAGGAGCUGGAGGAGCAGACGGCAGGCAGCGUCAGCAGUUUGGAGGGAUUCAGUCCCAGCUCCCACAGUGGGGACUCAGCUCCCCAAGGACCAGCAGUCAGAGAGGGAGGAAGCCUGAAAAGGAGGGCAGGAGACGAAGAGGAUGAUGUGGAGGAAGGGGGCGAGAUCCCAUGGGUCCUCAUCCCCAUCACAGGUCUUAGUUCAGAGAGGUACACCCAGAGAGAGAGAGACCUCCCCCAGGAUCCUCGCUUUCUACAUGCUGCAACAGCAACAGGUGUCGCCACAACAACCAGCUUACCCAGGAGGAGCCCCGCCCUGUCCCCUGACCCCAGCCCGCCGCCCUCCCCCUCCCAGUGUCCCUCCCCGGAGCCUCAUGAGUUCAGCCCCAUUAACGAAGACCACAGCCUGGUUAACGAGGAGCGGUUAGCCCCCGCUGUCCCCUGGGAGUCUGCAGGAGUGAUUAAGAACAAAGAAGAGAAACCUCAGACGACAGAAGAGGAGAAGGAGAAGGAAGAACCUGUCCUUCCAUCCCACUCUCCAGCCCCAGAGAGGAAAGGCCUCUCUCCACAACCCACUGAGAAGCAGGAGGAGGCUGCAGAGGAGGAAGAGGGGGAGGUGAUAGAGGUAGAAAAUGAACAGGUGAAGGAAGGGAAAGAAACUAAGCUAGACGAAGAAGCAGAAAACAAACAGGAACCAAAGGCAGAUGAGAGGAAAGAAGAGGAGGCGGUGGAAGAAAUGGAGGGGGUGGAUGAUAACAAACCAAAGGAGGAAGUAAAAAAACUAACAGAACGUCAGCCUUCACUCAGAGAUGUCGACAGCAUCGUGAAGGAGCAUCUGGCCGACUUCUCCUCUGAGAUGCAGCACCUCCUGCAGGAGGAGAGUGUACACUACAGCUUCCCUCAGUGCCCACGUCCUGCCUCAAACACACAAACCUCUGUGUGCACUUACAUGUUGCCACAAGCACCACUAACCCCAUUCUCCCAGUAUGUGUCUUUCUACAACCCCUGCCCCCCUGUUCAGGACUAUGUUACCUCGCUAAAAGAUGGCAUUAGCAGUGUUCUAACUGAUUCACAGAGCAACUGGCCUCACCAUCAGGCUCCCGGCAGCCUCACUGAUGCUAAUGACCAGUUGUUGGCUAAUACAAUCAGUGCUUUUGUGGCCAGCAUUCGAGCAGGUAACACUCAUGGUAGCAGAGACUGUGGUGUGUCUGCUAGCUGUGGCGAACCUGCAGGUGCUAGUACUGUUUCUUCGGUUGGUAAAACACCUUUGUCAUCCAGAGGAGGUGAUUUGUGGCUGCCAAAUUCUGUGUCCCAACAGUGUCCUUGUGAUACAAACAGCAGAAGCCCCUCAGUCCCAUCCUCUCAUGUCCCUUUGUCUGUCGCUACCUCUGCAUCUUUCUGUCCAUCUUCCUAUAAUCCUUCUUCAAGAAAGUUAGAGGGGUCACCCUUACCUGGCUCUGUCCACCUACCAGCCUCUAACCAGUCCCCACAACCUCCUUGGUUACCACAGCAGCCUCACAGCCUAGAAAUCAAAAGAACAGUUUCACAUGAAGCCAGUCCAUUAAGACAAGCACAAGAUAACAGCAGCAACAGGCCUGUAUAUUGUUCCACCAGUGGAGAAGGAGGAACUCGCAGACUGGCAGGUCCAGACUGCGAAGUGACACUUCCAGGGUUCACAGGUGUUCGUCACUCUGCAGAGCCGACAGAUCCUCUAGAAGUGGGACCCUCCCCGCACGAGUCGAUUUCAUGCUCAGCAUCAGUGUCGGCCCCUGGGUUCAGCACGGGCCCCGCUCUUCCGGCGCCGGCCCUUAGCUCACUGAUCAGCAAUCUGCAGCCUGAGGUGUUCAGCAGCCUGGUGGAGAUCAUCAAAGACGUCAAGAGGAACUCACUGCAGUUCUACUUCCACAGAACUGAGCAAGAGGACCAGGUGUAUGAUGAAGUCAGGGAGUACCUGUUGAGGCAGGGUAAUGUGGAGCAGAGUCCCGUGGCCUUUCUGGAACAAGAAAACUCCAAGAACAGACUACUGGUCAUCAUCCAGAACAAAGACAUAGCACGACACAUACACAAGAUCCCAGGCCUGGUGUCUCUGAAGCGGCUCCACACAGUCAUGUUUGUGGGCAUUGACAGUCUGGAGGACAUCAGGAACAACACCUACAACGAGCUGUUUGUCUCUGGAGGCUACAUCGUCUCCGAUGAGUUUGUCCUCAGCCCCGACUUCAUCACACACGAUCAUCUGGCUGCGUUGCUGAUGUUCCUGGAACAGCAGAGUUCACCAGAGAGCAUGUGGAGGUGGAGAGUCCACUGCAAAACCCAGAAGAAACUGAAAGAACAAGCCAGAUUCAAGCGAGAUGCAGCCAGCCUAUUGGAUGUGCUGUCAGCCUAUCAGAAGCGUCUGAUUGUGGAGUUCCUCCCCUACCAUCGAUGUGACAUGAUGAACCACCAAUCACCCGACUUGGACUGUCUGAUAGAGCUGCAGGCCCGACACACACAGCACCGACACACCAUCUUCCUAACUGCCUCAGAGCGUCACUCUGAGAUGUUCCCCAACCGCUCCAGCAAUGGCAUCAUCGUCGCCAGCAUUCAUGACAUCACGCACAACUUCACCUGCCUGGUCGGUUACCAUGGCGUCAAGGACAAGCACCCAAACGCAAAUGACCUGCUCAGUCCCAAAGGUCUGGGCAACAGGCGGCUGAGUCACGAGGCCUCGGCGCUGGGCUCUGAACUCUCUCCUUCCUCCUUCACAGAACAUAACCUGCCCUUCUCCAGCGACCCACCCCCCCACCAACACCUCCACCAGCAGCCCUUCCCAGGCCUCAUCCAGCUCUCCCCACUCUCUGACCAGCUGGUGCCAAAGUCCGUCACUCCUCCUUCCUCUUCCUCUUCGUCCUCUAACGAGGUCUCACAGCAUCAUUCGGGCCCAGACUUUGAAGCGCUCCGAAUGGCCAUCUCGCACUUGCGGGCGGAGCGCCAAGCGCAGCAGCAGCAGCAGCGGUUUGACCCUCGGGCGGAUUUUAGCAUCAACCCACUCCAGAGCUUCCUACCCAACCCUGCCCUACCAGGAGCCCUGGCAGAGCGGAAUCAACUCCCCGCUGGCGGUCGCACCACCCCUCCAGUGGAGCAGGGCGGGCCCGGCCAGCAAAUCCAGCUCACCCCUGGCAGAAAAGCUGUGACAGCCACUCUGGACUCGAUUCACUUAACACUGGAGGCAGAACAAGAGGAGGAGCAGACGGAGGGCAGAGAGGGAGCAGAUCUGCCUGUGGAGGGACUGGGUUGUGGGGGGAGUACAGGAAGAGAACUUGGAGAUCAGAACGAUGUUGCUCCACCAAGAGGGAUGGGGCUGUUGAGUCGGGCCUCUGAAGCCGCUCCCUCAGCCAAUCCAAACGCAGAACUCGCAUCUGCAGCUUCCAGUGACGGUGCAGACCCUGGAAAUUCAACUGGUGACCGAGAGAAAGCAGAUCAACGGGGACAACCUGCCUUCCCUGCCAUGGCUCCAGAAGCCACAGUCCCCUGCAGUUCCACCACUGGCCAUGCAGGGGGCGAAAAAGCAAGAGACAGGCAGCCCGGCCAGGAGCAGCCAACAGAAGGAGAGGCAGCGCCGCCCAGGAACCAGGACUGCAGAAACACAAAUGGCAACGCCGUGGUAACAGAGCAGGACGACGGCCAACCACCUGCUCUGCCCCGACUGCAGCAGCUCCAGAGACAGAUCCAACAGCACCAGCUCCAGCUGCAGCAACAGAACCAGCAGCAGCACCAGAGCCAGCAGCAGAAACUGCCACCUGGCAACCAACAACAGCUGCUUCACCAGAGUAAACACCAGAACCUGCAACAUCAGCCGCAGCCGGGGGGCGGCCUGCUCCCCCAUCCUGCUAAUCUCACUCUGCUCCCCAACCAGCCCUUUCCCCCCAUGCUGGGGUCCCUGGCCGCCCUGGGGGGGGUGAGGGGCCUCUUGGGGCCUGCAGCCGUCUGGCCGGGGGGUCUGGGGCCCCCGGGUGCCACUCUGGUCUGGGGCUUCCCGCAGGCUGGCAGAGAGUUCCCAGGAGCCAGUCUUCUGGGGGAGUACCCGGCCCCUGGAGGUCAGGGCAGCAGCAGGUACAGAGGGGGGCAAAGAGGAGGCUUUAAUGGGAUGUAGAAGGUAGAUAACGCCUGCUGGCCCAGAAAACUGUCCCAGACACACAACCGCUGUCCAAUAAACCACCGUUUCUCAGCCGUGGUCUUAUUAGGACCCAAGAGUUUGCAGGUUUUCCAUUCCAUCCGGUCACUACAGCAGCUGAUUUCAUGUGAGGGGGAAAGCAGUGGAAUCAGCUGCUGCAGUGUUAUCCUGCAUACUGUUGGAUCUGGGCUGACAACCACCAGUUUAAUGGACAUCACUGGGCUAAACUGCACUGAGAGAGCAUCCAGGAGCUUCACAGGACCAAUGAGGAGAGACAGUCUUCUCUUUGGAUUCCCAGGUGGCUGGACGCUGCAGAGCAAGACAUCUUGGUGGGUUUAGGACGGUGCUGAUGGGGCAGUUAGAUGAAGGAGGAGGGAGAUUGCCUUGGACGCCCUUGGACACAUUUAUGGAGAGACUUGAGGGAAACGCCAUGUUGCUAUCGCCAUAGUUUUCUGUAUAUUUAUUUCUAAUUCUUUUUUAAGAUAACAGUUCAGCAAUACUAACUGAAGGGGAGGAGACCUGAUAUGUUCAGUUUACUUCUUGAGUUUCUGUUCAGCUCUUGACUCAGGCUCCCUUUGUACUGUUUUCAAUGGUCAGACAGCUAGGAUCUGCCCGCUCUCCUAGAGACCACAGCAUAACAUAACAGCCACAGGUCCCAUCCCCACAACAGCCAUAUGUUCAUCAUUGAACUCCUUCUUGCUUCUUCAUAGCAAGUCGCUCUGGACAAGAGCAUUGACUUAAAAAAUUCUGAUGUGUAGAUUUUCAAAGCCCCGGUUGGAACUCCCGUGCUGCCGCUGGCCUUUCAUUGUUCUGUUAAUGUUUCAGUUCCCAGCUGCUUUGAAUGCACUUGCAGCAUCGCCAAAUGGCUUUUGACUGAUAAGCUUUUUUUUUCUUCUCUGUAAAAACUGAAAGGGAUUCAGUGAGCAUCUUCAGAUCACAACUAUAGGAAAAACAUCAGGGUUCUUUGAGGAACCCCAUAAUGGAACGGUUCACAACCUGUGACACUAACAUCAGAGAGAGGGUUCUUCUGCCUCCUGCAACUUCCUUUGGAGCUUUGAAGAACCUUUAAGACAAACUUUACCAGACGUACCGGACAUAUAGACUGCCAUACACGUCUUCCAGCAGACACUCUUCAUGUCUUAGUCUUGGUCAAAAGAAAGAAAAAAGUGUGGAUAUUUUAUAUUGAGUUUCAUAUCUGUGUUUCGCUCAGAACUGUUUCUGUUUGUGUUGAUGUUGUGUGUAGGAAAAGUACUGUUGCCAGCGGGCUUUGGACAACCGACUGGUUUUAACUUAAAUCAUUUUUUAUUUUUUUACAACUGACUUUUUUGUAUUAAAACAUGCCUGCCUAAA